CCUGGCUUCCGGGCGGCGCCGGGCUUCCGGAAACCUUCAGUUCCGGCUGCGGCUCUUUUCGGCCCGCUGAGGCGAAGCCUGUCCGGCCCGGGCGCCGUGGGCUCUGCGCUGCGGUGAGUGGCGCUGCCGCCCAGCUCUUCCGCCGCCCUCCCUGGCAUCGCCUCCCCUGCGCCCAGCCCUCCCCGCCCCUCCCCGUGUCCCUCCCCCGCAGCAGCCGGCCCGCUGCCCGCGCUCAGCCCCCUCGCGAGGGCUCCGGAGCAGGCGCGCAGGUGACCCCGCGGUGGCCCGCCGGCCGUCGCAUGAGCACGCGCCCGCGCUGAGCGCCGGCGAUGGCGGGGCCCUGGCGAAGCGCCCUGCUCGUGCUCCUGGCGUCCCAGGCCGUCGCCCUGGCGCGGGCCUCGGAGGACGACGACGACGACGUGCCUGAGGAGUGGCUCCUCCUGCACGUGGUCCACGGCCAGAUCGGGGCCGGGAACUACAGCUACCUGAGGCUGAACCACGAGGGCAGGAUCGUCCUGCGGAUGCGGAGCCUGAGCGGCGACGCCGACCUGUACGUGUCCGACAGCACCCUGCACCCGAGCUUCGACGACUACAAGCUGCAGUCCGCCACCUGCGGCCAGGACUCCGUGGCCAUUCCCGCGCACUUCCAGCGCCCGGUGGGGAUAGGCAUCUACGGCCACCCGUCCCACCAGGAGAGUGACUUCGAGAUGAAGGUGUUCUAUGACCGGACGGUGGACCAGUACCCCCUGGUCGAGGCCUACCCUUCGGAUGGGGCGGACGCCGGCCAGAAGCACGCCCAUGCCCCGAAGGAGGCGUCGCAGGAGGAGGAGUCCGUUCUGUGGACCAUACUAAUAAGCAUCCUGAAACUGGUACUUGAAAUUCUUUUCUGAUUCCUGGAGCAUGCUCUGGAGAGUAAUACUAUUCAUCAUUGGAAAAAGUGGCUGCAGUGUGCUGUGAAUCUUGCUACAUUUACUCUGUUGAAAUUCUAGCUACCUUUGUGCAUAAGGGAUGGAAAAUAGAGCCAUAGGGUUUUGUUACCUCAGUUACCUCAAAAAUAGGAAAAAGGAACAAGCAUAGUAUCUGUCAAGACAAAACUCCUGUGAAAAUAAUAUGCUACAACUGUGCUUCAAUUACUCCAUUCUGAUUAGUUUAUCAGAUUUGGUCAAGAGAUUAUUGCAGUCAUAAAUUACAGGUUGAUAACUAUAAUCUUACUGCAGACAGUCUAAAAGU